AUGCCGACGUCGACAACGGAGAGGGCGAGGCGGAGCGCCUGCUGGACCAGAUCCGGCUGCAGGGGCACCAGGACCAGCACGCCGGCCCGCGCCUUCCCGCGCCUAGGCCAUGGCCAGCUGCUCGGCCUCGACGACUUCCACCGCUUCCUCUUCUCCGCCGACCUCGACCCGCCCCUCCCCCGGCCGCGGGUCCACCACGACAUGUUCAGGCCCCUCUCCCACUACUACGUAUGCACCAGCCACAAUUCCUACCUCACCAGCAACCAGCUCAGCAGCGACUGCAGCGACGUCCCCAUCAUCAAGGCCCUACAGCGCGGCGUCCGGGUCAUCGAGCUCGACAUGUGGCCCAACUCCGCCAAGGACGACAUCAGCAUCCUCCAUGGCAGAUGCUCUGGGUUCCGCUCGGUGCUCUCGCCCUUCACCUCACGCCGACCUCAAGUGGGGAAUGAGAUAUCCCAGGACAGCCUUCAGCGUGAAGAUCUAAUCAGCUUCAAUCCCCCAGUGAUGGAGGGUUUGGAUGCUCAGCUUGCAAAAUCCAAGCAUUUAGCAAAGAGGAUCGAUCAGGAUAUGGAUGGAGAUUGGAGAAAAACUAUCAUAAAUCAGAGGCAGGUCGUUGCUUGGCAAAGAACUCGUACAUGUUGUAAGAAAAUCAAGGGAGGAUCCAGCCAUUCAGGUGCAGCGUCCAGAGGAGGUGGAGCAGCAAGCCAACAUCCAUCUUCACCUCCCACCUAGCGGCUGGACUGCCCCUUGCAGCGAACAUGGUACCUUGCAAAACUAUUUGCGUUUUUUGCCGUUCGCGUUGCGUGGCCGCUUCGUUUGCUUGCACUAUGCUCCGAUCUGGUGAAGGGCGCCAAGGAGAAGCAGCUCAAGGUCAAGGGCCCCGCCAGGAUGCCCACCAAGGUGCUCAACAUCACCACCAGGAAGUCCCCCUGUGGAGAAGGUAAUCGCCUACCACUCAUGUGAUCUAAAAUAACAUUAUGUAAAACAAUCUAAUGAGCUAUGGGUCCAGCCAAAUGCUGAACCAUCUAUUCCUUCAUCUUCUUAAUUAGUGAGUGGGGAAAAUCUUUUACUUCGA